AUGGCGAAUCCAUUUUUGAUGGACGAUGACUUGGAUGGCGUUGACGCCGAUCCCACAGCGAACCCUUUCUUCACAAAAGUCGAUGCUGAAGAGGGUGAAGCAGAAACAGAGAAUCCUUUCUCGGGACAAUCGAAUCCAUUUGCAUUUGGCGAUGAACCUGAUGACGGUCCAGCACCAGCGUCGGAUAUUGAUCCAGCGAUGAGCUUCUUUGGCACAACUAUCGAAGCGGAGGAUGAUGCACUUAGCAUUAAGUCUACAGCUGAAGAAGAUGAUGAAACUUCUAAAAGAGGUCCACCACCAAGGCCAGUGCCACCACAAACACAAGAACUUAUUAAUACAGUUUCUAACCAAAUGGAGGAGACAAGUUCUGAGUUACUCGGUCGCAUACCAGCUACUCGUUCUCCUAGUCCUGUUUCAAUGCGUGACUUACAUUCACCCAGUCCUACACCAGAUUCUGGUUUGGCAGACUUGCUAGACGUAUCAGAUAGUGGUUCGUCUGGUAAUAUGCAUGGAUUCGAAAUGGAUCUAGUCGGUAGUGGUACUAACAAUAGUGCAGAUAACCCCUUCGGUGUGCCAACAGCCAUUCCUAGCUUACAUGGCGCAACACCUAUGCCAUCACCAGCAAAGCAACAACCUCCGCGACCACCACCACCACGUCCAGUACCACCAAGGCCGGCACCACCAAAUGGCAUACCAGCGCAACGCAAUCAACCACCUCCACGACCAACUCCCCCAGCUCCGGAGCCAGCUACUCAGCCCGCUGCUGAGGUGGCAGAUAGUGAAGAUCUAUUCGAUAUGUUUGGCACAACCAAACCAUCUAAACCACCACCACCAAAGAGCAAGGAAGACAUACUAAGUCUGUUUGAAAAGCCAGCACAACCAGUAUCCAAACCAGAUCUAUUAAGCGACGAUCUUGUACUUGAACCUUCACCAGAAAUGCCAGAUGACGAACAGAAUAAAGAAAUAGAAGAUCCUAUUUUCAGUUCUAUGCUAACUCGACCUGAUGAGAGCACACACGAUAUUACAUCUCAACCACAGGCAGCAGAUUUAAACAUAUCGUUGAUAAAUAAUGUGGAAAGAAAAGAACUGGUAGUCGAUGACACAAAACCACGUGCACCAACUCCGGACAUUGAAAUAACGACUGUCGAAGAUCUUCCACGUUCUGACGAUGAAGAUGAGCCAGAGCCAGUAAAACCAGCACCACCGGUGGUCAUUGAAACCAAGCCAAGUCCCGACGAAGAUGAUGAAGAACUAGAAAAAGAUGAAAAAGAGGUUGUACCAGCGGCUGCAGAACCGGCAGCCUUUACAUCUGUCGAUUCCGAUCACAGUCCUCCUACGGAGUCAGGAGCAACCACGCAGGCUCUGCCAGAGUCAUCUUUAGAGGCUAUUACCGAACAGCAGAAUAGUGAGUUUGAGCAAAUGGAUACGGGUCUGGAUUUUGCACCGGCUAGUGCUGUUCCCAGUGGUGCUGCCUCUGCAAAUCCAUUUGCUAGUCCAGACGAAGAAGAAGAGACAUAUCCUCCGGCUUCUGCGGUGACGAAUAUAUUUGCAGUCGACGAUAUUGACCCUACACUGGUGACCAACAUCUUUACUACAGCGACAGACACCAUGACAACCUCUGCCGUGCCAGUUAAUAUUUUUGCACCGGAUCCUGAACCAGAAGCUAUCACAGUAAAUUCAUACGCAGCUAAUAACAUCUUUGCCAGCGAGCCAGAUGAAUUUGACGCUUUCUCGGCCAAAUUUGAUUCUGUUAAGAAGGAUAACGUGAGCAUACUGGAUGGCUUUGGUGGUUCGGGUGCUGUUACUCCCUCAGGCGGUGACGCUUGGGGUGACAGUGCAUUUGGUUCACCUGCUGCGGCAACUAAUGUCUUUGGCGUGACCGAUGGCUUCGAGAAUGAGGAUGACGACUUCUACGCAAUGAAAGCACCAGUACGUGCCGAUUCGGUUGAGUCCGUAGACAAGGAAUUCAAUGUCGUAAUACGGCCUAAAGGUGAAAGCACACAGGGAAUUGCACCACAAUUGGCACCGCCGCCACCACCAGCUCGUAGUGCCGUCGGUCAAGUUUCCAGCGAUACAUCGCCUGUUGUCAAUCCCUUCGAAGACACUGGCUUCCCGGCACCGGCGGCGAUAAGUGAAGAAAACAAAGUAAAACGCACAGACUCACAGGAUACACCACAAACGCCGUUGUUCGACGAAGAUGUCUCGCAGCCGCUCGAAGAUUUCCCGCGUCUGAACUAUGUCGGCCCCGGCUGGGAAAUGCAAUUGCGUCAACCAAACAAAAAGAAGAUAACUGGCCAAAGAUUUUGGAAGAAAAUAUUUGUACGCCUAGUAAUACAGAACGAUGUACCCGUAGUGCAGUUGCUUAAUCAGGUCUCAGACAAACAGCCAUUCCAAGAAUUGCCGCUGCAGCCUUCAUACUCCGUCUCGGAGAUUGGAGCACAACAAUACGAUCAGUUUGGCAAAAUCUUUACCAUAAAACUACAAUAUAUCUUCUAUAAAGAGCGUCCCGGUGUGCGACCUGGUCAAGUAACCAAAGCCGAACGUAUUACCAAUAAGCUGACGAAAUUUGCACAAUAUGCCAUUGCGGGUGAUUACGAAGGUGUGAAAGAGUUCGGUAGUGACUUGAAGAAGCUGGGCUUACCGGUUGAACAUGCACCACAGUCGUCGCAAUUAUUUAAAAUUGGCUCAAUGAAUUACGAGGAUAUGAAGCAGUUCUCCAUCUGCAUCGAAGAGGCGCUCUUCCGAUUGCCCGCGUUGCGUGAACGUGCGCUCACAUAUAAAAUGGAGGAGGUACAAGUAACGGCGGUCGACGAAAUCGUUGUGGAACAAGAUUAUGAGGGCAAAAUUUUGAAGCAAAUAGCGCGUGUACGUCUUUUCUUUCUAGCUUUUCUAACGGGUAUGCCCUCAAUCGAGUUGGGCGUAAACGAUAUGUGGCGUCAAGGCAAAGAAGUGGUGGGUCGACACGACAUCAUACCGGUGGCCACAGAAGAGUGGAUCCGUUUGGAAGCUGUAGAGUUUCACAGCGUGGUGAAUCAGGAGGAGUAUGAGAAGACGCGUACAAUUAAGUUCCAGCCACCGGAUGCGAAUUAUAUAGAGUUACUACGUUUCCGUGUGCGUCCACCCAAAAAUCGCGAACUUCCAUUACAACUGAAGGCCACAUGGUGUGUAACUGGUAAUAAGGUGGAGUUGCGUGCAGACAUACUGGUGCCGGGCUUUACAUCGCGCAAAUUGGGACAAAUACCAUGCGAAGAUGUCUCGGUACGGUUUCCCAUACCGGAAUGUUGGAUCUACUUGUUCCGCGUAGAGAAACACUUCAGAUAUGGCUCCGUUAAGUCCGCUCAUAGACGAACCGGUAAAAUCAAAGGCAUUGAGCGCAUUCUCGGCGCUGUCGAUACGCUGCAAGAGUCACUUAUUGAAGUCACUUCUGGUCAAGCGAAAUACGAACAUCAUCAUCGCGCUAUCGUCUGGCGCUGUCCACGUUUGCCAAAAGAAGGCCAAGGCGCUUAUACCACACAUCAGCUUGUUUGUCGUAUGGCGUUAACUUCCUACGAUCAGAUACCCAGCGAGUUGGCGCCCUACGCCUUCGUUGAGUUCACAAUGCCGGCGACACAGGUCUCGCAUACAACAGUGCGUUCGGUGAGCGUACAAGAUUCGGAUUCCGAUGAGCCGCCAGAGAAAUAUGUACGCUAUUUGGCACGUCAUGAAUAUAAGGUUGGCAUCGAGACGACACACGGCGAGUCUACAAACGCAUAUUUGGCAGCUACGCGCCCGAUACGUGAGGAGCCAACGCCUAAACCUGUGGCAUCUCCUGUGCCACCAAGCGAUUCGGAUACCGAUUCGAAUUAAGCAUGAAUUUAAAAAAAUAUACAAAAUUACUCAAAAUACAAACAUACAUACACACAGUGAUGUAUAGCAAAACAAAUAAAACUGUACUAUUCUAGAAAGAAAUUAAGCAAAAAGCAUAAGUAAUGGUUAAAAACGCUUACACACACAUCUAGAUACAUAACCAAGUUGAUUUUUAAAAGGUUAGUAAUGACAGCAGCAUUGCGUCGAGAACAAACGCAUAUGAAUUUGUGGUGUAUUUCUAUGGCCAAGGGUAAAUACAUAGAAAAACAUAGAAGAACACAGAGCAACAUAUGAAUACAUUUCUGCUGUGCUUCUAUAAUGUGGAUGAAUACAUAGAAAAACAUAGAAAAUCAUAUUAAUACAUAGAAAAACAUAGAAAAUCAUAUGUAUUUAUCUCUAGUGAAAUUCGAUGAUUUUUUAUAAGUAUAUAGAAACACAUACAAAAACAUAGAAAAACGCACUUCUAUGAUGGUUUAUAAACGCAUAAAAAAAACAUUGAAAAACCAUAGAAAAUCGUAUGUAUUUAUAUUCACUUAAUUUCUCUGAUGGUUUAUAAAUACAUGGAAGCACGUAGAAAAUAUAGAAAUAUGAAUUUGUUUCUAGUCCAUUUGUAUGAUGGUGGAUAAAAACAUAGAAAAACAUAGCAAACAAUAUGUAUUUAUUUUUAGUGCUUUUCUAUGAUGGUGAACAAAAACAUAGAAAAACAUAGAAUAUCAUAUGUAUUUAAGCAAGGCAUGUGUAACAUAGCUUCAAAUAGCAAAAACAAAAGCGGCGCUUAUGUUAAAAAAAGAAGUAGCAAAAAAUACAAGUUAUGAAAGCCUCUGAGUUCAUGCUGGCAGCAACGUUGUAGACCAACCACAUCGAAGCAAUAUAGUAUUAUAUGCUGCAUAUACUCGUAUUGCGCGUAGUUAAAGGAUAUUCAAAAGGAUAACAUUAUAUAACACAUACAUAUUUAAAUUAAAUUAUAGCAAACAGUUAUUUCGCUCAUAAUUCGAAAGGACACUGUAAUGCGCGUUAGUAAUGAAGUAUAUACAUAGUACAUAAUUCAUAUAUUAUAUAAUAUAUACUAAAGGCAUACACUCAUACAUGCAUACGUAUGUACAUACUUGUGUACUCAUACAUAUUAGCGGACAAUAAGAAUUUGAAGAGCACGCGUUUGUCGUUUCAGCGAAGCGUCUACACAUAAACACACACAUGCAUACAUACGUAGAAACUCUAUUAUUGCAUUAUGUAUGUAUGUACUUACUUAAUUAUGACUUAUGCAAAUAUCAGGUAUAUUUAUAUAACUUUUACGCUUUAAUUGUUACAACAAGUUAUGAUUACAAAGAUUACAAAAUAUAUAUAUGUGUAUAUGCAUCGUAUUCAAUUAUAUUAAUUUAUAGUUUUUCACUUUGAAAAUUAAUGAGUUUAUGCAAACGAAGCACUUGCACUAAUUAAUAUUGAAAUUAUAUAUAAGCGUGUAUUAAUUUUAUUUAUGAAAUAAGCCUUAAAGUAUUAUUUAUUGAUAUUUAAAGUGAAAAUAUUCGUUUAAAAGUUACAUAAGCACUGAAAACUAUUACAGUUAUCAAACCAAAAAUAAAAAUUGAAAAAAAAAAUAAAUAAAAAUUAUAUAAAAUUAUAAUAUAUUAAAUUGUGUUAAUACAUAUUACUAUUUGUUUGUUAAUAACACUAAAUUUAAUAAGUUACCCAUUUUUAUUAUUUUAAGAUCUAAUUUUUGACAUUUUGCUAUUGUCCAUUAAAACUUGUUUUUUAAAUUUAUUCAAAAGUGAGGUUAGUUUAUUAAGAAAUCGUAAUUUUAGCAGCCUUAUUCACAAGCGUAUUUCAAUUACUCAAGUAUUUGCAAGAAUAUCUGCUAUUAUAAGCAAUUUGUAUACUAAAAGUCGCUAGAAAAAAGCUUUUGGAAUCUUGCGAUGUUUUAUCCAUAUUUUUUCCAGUAAUUCCAAUCAAAAUAAGAAUUCUAUUCAUUGAUAAGGAAAUGUCAUACAGACACUUACAAAAAUACCUAAUUCUUUCCUAAACCUAUUGGCAAGACGCUUUGCGAAUACAGAGUCUUAACAGUUUUAGGUUGUUUCUAAAUGGUUGAGGUAUUUAUGUGUAGCUUUUAGCUGGCAAAAAUGCGCUCGGAAAUUCUCAAUGACUACUACAUUCCUUCAAUUCGAACAAAAAGUUUGCUCAUGACUGAGUAAGAAUUUUACUUUGGAUAAAUUUGGCAAAGUUAAUGUGAUCCAUUUCGAGGUUCCCUACAUUUUUAAUAAAAAAAACACUUAAACUUCAAAUUUAAUCGGGAAUGUUUGUUAACAUUCGAAAGAACAUUUUUUGGUAUUUAUUUUUUGAAGAUUAUCACUUUCAAAUGUUGGCCACGGUCCAAUUUUAAAUGACUCGUUCGAGCAUUUCGACUGGUAAUUGGAGAAUGACACGCGUGAUGUAUUAAGGUUCCUGUUUUUGGAUCAAAACUUCCAAAAAACGUAUUCAAAGUCUCGGAGAGCAGAUCCUGAGGAUCACUGGAACAAUCAGUACCAUUUAUUUACUAAAAGUAACCCUUCAAACUUUUAGCACUAAUAUUUGUUAUCUAGAAAUUAUUUAUAACUAGAUAACUGGCUUAUUGUCUUUUUAACUCUUUAAGCUCUUAUAAAGAAACAAAAUCGUGAAGUAGGCUAAUUUUUAAAGGUAAAAAGCCAGUGCUAUAUGUUAAAAGCAAAAAUAAUGAGCGGUGACAGACUUGUCUAGAAAUAUUGCAAUUUCUGCUAAGCUAUUAUUGUGAAAAGUCGGUUGAGUAAACACAGGUGCUUGCCAGCUGAAGGUACAGUUUGUUUUGAGCUGAAGUAUUCGUCAACGCUUUUUGCAAACUUUAAGAACAACUUGAUGUCUAAACUAGAUACUUCAUCUAAUCUUUUGAACUGCAAAACUCCUAAAUAUCUAGGAUGAGUUCUAGAUAAGUCUGAAGUGAAGCAUGGGUAUCUUAGCGUCUCUUAAUGCCGCUUCCUUGCAUUUUCGGCGUGUAUCGUCCUAACUUAUAUCCAUCCGGCUCGCAUAUGGUGCCAGUAGGUUGUUAUCUGUUAGACCACAAACCAUCCCGCAGUUCUUCAGUCGUGUUUCGAAAGCUUUACCUUAAGAUCAGAGACAAAAUUGUCGAACAUCCAAAUUUUUAGGUAGGUGUGGACUGAUAACUUUUGAAAAAGUGAGAUUCAUGCUUCUACAUAUAAUAAAUUCUUAUAAAAAUCUGAAAAAAAUUAACAAUUGUGUUUUUAAUGAUUUCGAAUAAAUUUCGAUUUAUUAUUUAUCCGAGAUAUUCUAACAAAUUUUUAGUUUAUACAACAAUUUAUAAUUAAAAUAAAUUUUGAUCAGGAAAAAGUUAAAAAGUUUCCCAGGCACAUACGUGGAGCAAAGAACUGUUUUGAUGAAUUUAAAAUUUUUCCAAAAUUUGAAAAAAUAUACCGCAUUUCGAAUUUUAAUUGCUUCGGCGAAUUCAUUCAAAGACAAGAUGGUGCCACACAAUUUAACUUAUUGCAAAAAAUAACCAAAUGUUAUCUCAAGAUGUUCUUUAGAAGUGAUUUUACAAAUGUCUAGUACUUCAAACUUUAGCUCCAAUGUUUCAUGUGAACUUUGAUACCAUUUUGCAAAUAAAAGGAUGGAAAUGUUUAUAGAAGAAAAUGGUUUAAAAUCUGUAUAGAAGAAAUAGAAAGAAAAGGAUUGAAGUUUUCUAUAGAAGAAAUAGACAUUUCUAUACAUUUAAUUCUUAGGGUGAUCGCAGAGUAAACGUUUCAAACCGAGCCGAGCGGAAAUUCACGUGUUGCGUUAAUGGCAAGAUGCGAUCGGCUCGUCUUGACACUCUGCGGGCACCUUUAAUGCGGUUUUUACCCGCUACCACGAACAAGUGUGCAAAAAAAUCGAGUUUAAUACAUUUUUAGGAGAAAAUAAGCGUUUGAUAACCUAAAAUCAGUUGAAUUACUGGGCGACAUGAAAUAGAGGGUUGUAACUCUGGGAAUGAACAUAGUGUCCAAAGGGAUACUUCUUAAAGUGAGUUAUAAAUAUGAUUUACUUCCUAAACAUAUCAAACAUAAUUCAAAUUAUUUAAAUAAACAAUUUUUAAGCUUUUAUAAAGAUUCUUACACCAGCUUACAGUCAAAUAAAAUUAAAAAAUAUUCCAAAACUGGAUCAUUCCUUUAUCGACUUUAUUACUAAGGCCGAAAAUAUUCAGAAUUUGUAUAUGUGUUGUCAAUAUCUAGCUUUCUGCAUUUAUCUAUUUUUUUUAGAAAAGGUUCAAGAGAAAUGUUUCUUAUGUUUCAAAAAACCGUUAGUCGAUUAAGGCAAACGAUGCAGCAAAUUAAAGGUCAUUAAAAUGAAAAAGAAUUUGGGAUAUAAAUCGAAACUUAUUCGAAAUCAUUAAAAGCACGAUUGCCAAUUUUUUCAGAUCUUUAUAUGAACUCGAAAAUUUGUAAAUUUUUCAUAACAUGAAGAAAGCGCGAAAAGUAGGAAGAAAUGAAGAAAGCGGAAGUUGAUUGCAUUUUAUUUAAGACGUGUUUGCGUAUUCUCGAUAUUUUAGUUGGACAGUUUUUCCUCCGUGAUAUUCGACGAUAUCUCGACAGUAAACAAAUUGUGAGAAACUGCAGACUUUCUGCUCAAUUAGAAGUUGUAAUUCGUUCAAAAAGUUAUUUUAAAAAAUAUUUCUGCAAAACAACGUAUCAUCAAAAAAUCGAAAUUUAGUUUUUAUUGCUUACGAUACACCACAUCAUGUUACAUAGAUGAAGUAUAAAAUUUUCAGCCUCCGCAGUCAGGUAUAACCACUAUAUAACCAAUAUAUACCCAAUUUAAGGCCAAAACUCAAAUUUUGUUUCAAUGUGAGUGGUUUCUAUUACAAAGGUUUUCCUUCACCUGUAUAUUUCUGAAAAGUGAUACGUUAUUUGCAUUUUAGGUGACGAUUUGUAGACCGUUUUAAUUAUUUCUGAUAAUAUUUGUAGUAAAUUUUCGAAAAAUGAAUAAGGUACGAAAAGUUGAUAGUUUAAUGAUGGAAGUUACGAAAAGUGUUAGUUUAAUGAUGCUUAAACUGAUAUAUAAUUUAUUUUUCUCGAUUUUGUGGCUAUUGGAGAUUUUAGUUUGACACUUUUUUCCUUUGUAAAAACCAUUAUUCGACGAUAGCUCGAAACCCAUAUGGCAGAGAACAAUUGGUGGGAAACUUCGGGCUCUGUAAUCAAUGUCAUAUAUAGAGGUUGUAAGGUCUGAAGCUUAGAAAAAAAAAUUGUAGAACUUCUUAACAAUUUCUGAUAAGCUUUUGGAGUAUGCGUUCAAAAAACUGAUCCUGAGCAGGAGCAUAGGAUAGUUCAUUCAUUUAUUAUUUUUGGAUAUUAUUAUUUAUAUGCUUUAACCAGUUAUAUUUGCCAUUUUUUAAUAAAAUUUUUCUAGGUAUAAACCUAUUUUUCUCUGUAUAAAUUUUACUAGUAAAUACAUAUACAUAUAUUCGUUCAUAUAUGGUACCAUACAUAUAUAUGGUAAAAAUACAAAGAUACUAUUACUCGUCUAUGUAACGACAGUCGUUCACGAUCAUACAUACAUACAAACUUGCAUAGUUAUAAAUAAACUGUAAAAUGUUGAUCAUUGUUAAUUUACACAUCUGUAGGUAAUUUUAAUAUCAUAAACAUACAUAUAAUGGUUAUUAGUGUGAGUAGCAUAGCAAAGACAUUAAACAAAUUCAUUCGAGUGAAUGAGGAAAUCCGUUGUGGUGCUGCUGAAAAAUACUUAAUUGCAUAAACUACUCGUAAAACUUAUGAAUAUAUGUAACUUUAAACAAGAACAAGCUAAGACUACAACAUGUCAACAUAUAAAAAUAACAACAACAAAAAUAAACGCAUACAAUAUGGUAGGUGUAGUAGGAAAAUUGCAUAAGCAAAAUAUUGAAUAUGUAAAUGUUUCCAAAAAAAUCUAUGUAUGUGUAUACAUAACAGUUAAUAAGAAGCUUAUGAGCGCUAACGCUUGAUGAACAACUGAAAACUGAAAAAUGAAACACAAAACCAAAAUAUCAAAUACUACUGAACAACUGCUCAGCUUACCGUGGAGCAUUUAUAAGAAAUACAUAUAUAAAUAGAAGCAAUCAAUGUAACUAAAAGCAAAGCUCAUGCAUACACACACAUACCUACGUAAAUAUAUAUACACAUAUACAUACAUAUGUAUGUAAGCAAAUAAAUAGGCUGCUUUCAAUCGGCGGCAACAAUAGAUCAAAGAAUUGGCACAAAUUAAUUAUUAUUCUACGCUCAGACCACACUGUGCAACAAAUAUGCUGGGGGCGCUGUAACAAAGAAAUUAUAGAGGCGUAUAAUAUUGUGGUGGGAAAAGUUAGCAGACGAUGGCAAUAAAAAAAGCUUAGCAGCACCUUUUAGGAAGCCACGAGAAAAAUUCUGUUACAGUGGUACAAAGUUUGAGAUUUUUUGGUAAAAAAUUUAGUAAAAAAAUGUGUGAACUUCGGUAGAGCAUAGAAUUAAUGUUGCUUACUUGCUUCAAAGCGCACAGAUAUUUACCGGAGAACAUUUUCACUCUAACAUAUUAACCCGCUAAAUACUCCGAGGGGUAAUUUUGACCUUGUUUUCGAAUAACGCUCUAAAAGUAGUUUUUAGCAAUUUACAUGUGGGUGAGAAGUAUUCUUUAAAAUAUUUUUAAGCAAUUUUCACAGUGGGUCACCAAAAAUAAGUAUUAGCUAAUCAUACAAACCUUAACGUUACAUAUGAAAUUCGAAUUUUAAUUUUUUUAGCGCUUGAGGCUUGCUUGCCUACAAUAGCAUCUAGUCAAUUUUGUUUAGAAAUAUUUUAUUGAACGCUUCAAACUUUCAAUUUUUCUCCGAAAAUAAUAAUCUAGCCUUUUCUCCGCAAAAAAAAGUUCAAAAUUACCCGUACUGUUCAUUAGAGGGUUAACACUUGCUGGAAAAAAAUGUUGCGAACAGUUUUAGUACUAAAUAGAAUGGACAAAGGUCAAAGAAACCGUGCUUUUCAUUAGAGGGCUAACAUUUUCUAAGAGAAUUAACCCUAAAAGCUUUAGAACUGAAAAAAGAAAAAACGUCAAAAGUGCCCGAUCUAUUCUUUAGAGUGUUAACAGUUUGUGGUAAGGAAUAUCUCGCAGAAUUUUAGUACAAUACAUUAGAUGGAAAAUUACUUCCAGAGACUUCAGUACUGAGAAAAAAUGGUAAAGAGGUCAAAAAGAUACGUUUUAUGCCUUAGCGCGUUAACAUUUUCUGGUAAGAAAUAUCUCGCAGAGUCUUAAUAUAAUUCAUUAGUGGAAAAAAAUACUUCUAAAAACUUUAGUACUGAAAUAAACGUAAAAAAGGAUUUUGACCCUUAUAUGCAUUAGAGAGUUAACAUUUUCCGAUAAAGAAUAUCUCACAAAAUUGCAGUACAGCUUGCUGAGGUAAAACAAAAUUUCAUUUUCACACAAUCAGUUUAUCAUAUUCUUCCAAAAAUUUUUGACCAAAAUAAUGCAAGCUUCGCACCACUGUAAAUAAUUUUUGACUUGACACUGCAGCAUGAGUUUAUAAUUUCUGUUGCCGAUAACCAACAUAUUUAUAUGAUACAUGCCCCAAAGAAAUACCGCAAAUUUGUUGCACAGUGUAAUGCGAACUCAAACUGAAUAAAGCUGAAUUAGUUUAUUACAUAACAACAAAUUGUUGAAAAAGAAAACUAUUAAAACACAAUACAUUACACUAAGCAUUAAUGUAACUUAAAAACAAAAACACAAAAACUAAAAAUUAAAUUUAAAAAAAGUUCAAAAAGCAACUCUGAUUGUACGAUGUUGGCAUUAAAUUAAAUUUAACAAAAUUAAAAAAGCGAUUAAUGUUUCUUUCUUUCCAAAUGUGCAUGAAAAAAGUUAAGACUUAAAAUAUAGAAUACAAAAAAUAAAAUAAAAAAAAAUUUUAAAUUAAAUGAGGUAUCUGAAUGUUAUUAUUGUAAAACGAAUUUAAUUGCAACGUUAAUGGAUCCUAAGUUCCAGCAAAAUCAAAUAAAAAUACAUUAAAUUUGAAAAUAGUGAACAUUUAAAUGUAAAACAAAAAUACUGAGCUAAUAUUGCGAUUUCUAGAAAGUAAAUUUCAACUGUAUGUUUAACCAGACCUCAGAAAGUACAUACUCGGUUCAUAAACUCACGCUUCGCUGCAGUGCAGGGAAUCUCUGAAACAGUUUUGGUACAAUUUUCCGAAGAAAGCAAGUGCUUGCUUCAAUUAGCAGCGCUGACAUGUUAGUUAUCGAAACAUGGGAUCAAAACAUGGGAACUUGUACCGCCUUUAGCUGCGGUUUCUGCUCUUAGCGAUGAGGCAGCUCAGCGGAUACUAGUAUAAAGCAGUACCUUACUGAAUCCCAAAAGUUUUUCUAAAUGAGUUCUAUGCUAUUCCUGAACUCAAUCUUAAGCACCUUUUCAGCUUUUAUUCCUCAAACUGUAUGAAGGUAUAAUGUGGAAACAUCUGUGCUUCUAAAGCAUAUAAAUUGACACAACUCGGAUCGCAUUUAAUCCAAUCUAUCAUGAAAGUCUAGGGGUUGAAUAGCAGUGUUAUCUCAAUGGAUGUAUAACUUGCUAAAAAACGAUUAUAGUUCUCGUACUAAUAUUAUUUCUAGUAAUAAAAUGUGUUAUGAUUCCAGAAAGAUCGUUGAUAUAAGUACGAUAAGAGUUUUCCAAAGUUCAGUUCGGAAAGAUAUUUUUCUUUGACCGAAAUUUAUUUUAGCGAGCUGUAUUUAUAUAUGGCUUUGAAGGAGAUGUAAUUUCUCAGGCCAUUUCUUAAAGUUUUUGGGACGUAAACGCGAAGAAGUCUGCUCUAUGGAUUGUUCUUGAUGUCCAUGGAAUGAUUUAAUUUGUUUUUUUAUUAUUUUUCUAUGAAAAAGUACUUCUUAAACAAAUAAAGCCGAUAUCUUUCAAAAUACGAACCACACAUAAAUUGGAACAUUGAUACCUUUGCAGUAUGAAUAAAUAUCUCCAAAAAUGAGUUACCAGUGUUGAGCUAACCUGUUCUGGUCGUCUACUAUAAUUAUAACUAAUUUCAAUCAAAAAUGUUGACCGUUUAGUUAUCGCAACGUUCACAGUACACUGUAUCUUUAUAUACACAAAAAAAAACAAAAAAGUUCUGGUAACAAUUAUGUAUGGUGUCUAAUUUUCCUUAACUUUUGUAUUAGGACUUAUGCGAGUAGUCUUGAAACUUAGGUUUGUGGUAUGGAUAUUUGAAUGGAGUACUUGAGGAUAGCGAAUUUUCGGGACAAGAAUUAUCACCUCGAGAGAUCGAAAUAUGAAAAGUCAAAUUUUGAGUUGGUGGAAAUGUCUGUUAUAUAUUAAAAGGAACCCUUAUAUAUAAAGGCUUAUAUAUGAAGACCUCCAUGGUUUACAAAACUCGUCGUGCUAAUUGUAUAUUCACUCAAACCGGCACAUUUAGCAACCCCUUGAUCACAAUCGCUUGUAAGAUCUUCCGUUAGAUAACUAAACUUGACACCAUAAAAGGUUUAGAUAACCGCUACAAUAACAACCAGCCUGUUCGAAUGACAACAUAUUUGCCUACUGUAGAUAUAACAAGAAAAAACGUUAACUUCGGCUGCACCGAAGCUAAUAUACCCUUCACAGGUGCAUUUCUAUUAGUAACUAUGUGUUCAGUUUGUAUGGAAGCUAUAUACUAUAGUAAUCCGAUCUGAACUAUUUUUUCGGAGACUACAUUGUUGCCUUAAGAAAAUAAUCUAUACCAAAUUUGGUGAAGAUACAUUGUCAAAUGUGAAAGUUUUCUAUACAAGAACUUGAUUCCGAUCGUUCAGUUUAUAUGGCAGCUAUAUGUUAUAGUGGUCCGAUAUCGGCCGUUCCGACAAAUGAGUAGCUUCUUGAAGAGAAAAUGACGUUUGCAAAAUUUCAAAAAGAUAUCUUAAAAACUGAGGAACUGGUUCGUGUAUAUACAGACGGGCAGACAGACGGACAUGGUUAAAUCGACUCAGCUCAACAUACUGAUCAUUUAUAUAUAUACUUUAUAGGGUCUCCGACGCUUCUUUCUGGGUGUUACAAACAUCGUGACAAACUUAAUAUACCCUGUUCAGGGUAUGAAAAAUGGCUCCACAGAUAAAAUAUAUGCCUCUAGUUUAUUAAUAGCAGCUCGGCAUAAAUUCAUGUAUUAGUUAUUCAACUAAUUUUGCCUCUUUACAUAUUCUGCACAGUAUAAACUAUUCGAUUUCUCUACACUACAGUGAGGUGUUUGUGCAGUGAACUAGAAGAAAAUUUCAAAUCAAACCCUGAGUUCCACGCCCAACUGGUGUAUGUAAAUAAUAAUAAAUUCUACUAAAAAUAACUGUUAUGUUCGCUAAUAAAAAACUUAAAUAAAUGCAUGCAAAUCGAUUAAAAGCGCCCAUUGAAUCGAUGUAUACAGCUAAAUACAGACGGAUAAUUUAAGUGAAAUGUAUUUCCUUAUAGAGUAAAGUUAAAAAAUAAAUAAAAUUAUACAAACCUAUAUACAAAACAUACGAGUUUAAGUGAUAACGCGCAAGUGUGGAGAGUGAAGAAAUAUGCUAAACUUUUUAAAAUGUACAACUGCUGUUUAGAAAUGAAAUAAAAUUCCAAAAAAAAAACAAAAAA